UACUUUUAUAUAGGAGGUUGCUUCAAAUCCUACCAUGCAUGCUUACCUGAAUAUUAUUACCGGCAGAUUAUUACCGGCCUGAUAUAUAUCUUAACAUUUUAAUAGUCCAAUACAUGACCCCAUUCUUCCAAGCAGGCACUCUCCAUAAUUUUAACGAUGAAUUAGUCAAUUCUGUCAAUAUCUCGUCCUUAGCAUCGGCUGGCUUAAUUCAGAAUGGAUGCUACAUCUAGCGUCAUUUCCAUUCUUCAACUAUCCCUGAGUGUAAUGCGAUAUAUCCAGGACGUCAAAGAUGGCGGGAAAGAAAGAUCCGACCUUACAGCUGAAGUUCUAUCCAUCUAUGAAAUUGUAUUGGGAAUGAAAGAUGAUUUUGAUUCUCAUGAUUUAGAAGAUGAAAGUACCUGGUCUGGUCCUAUUAAACUCUUGUUCGAGCAUGGGGGUACCAUCGAGCAGGUGAAGGCGGUUAUGGAGGAGCUGACUGCUAAGAUUGUAACAUCUCGUGGGACACUUAAUGCUGUUGGGAGGAAAUUAAAAUGGCCCUUUGAAAAGUCGGAGGUGAAGCAGCUACUGGACCGCCUACGAUCAUCUAGGGACACUAUCAGCGUUGCUCUCACCAGAUCUCAUUUAAAGGUCGGUCUCGAAAAUAGGGCCAAUAUCCAGCAUCUAAACCAUGCACUCAAGACGACCGAGCUCGAGACUGCUAUAAAAUGGAUCUCAACUCUGGACUUCAGAGCGUCGCAAAGAGCAGGUCAAAUGCAGCGUCUUCCCGGCACCGGGAUUUGGUUUCUCAAUAGUCCUCAAGUGCGAGGAUGGUCAGAGUGCAGAACUACAGCACUCUGGUGUCAUGGUCUACCAGGAGUCGGCAAAACAAUCUUGGCUUCUACCAUUUUUCAGCAACUUGAAGAGCAAUAUAUUGAAAAGAAUGUCGCUAUUCUGGUUGCUUAUUGCUCCUUUGAUGACGAGAAUACGCACUCGACUUAUAGCAUACUAUCAAGUUUUAUUCGGCAAAUCGUGGAAAAGAAGGGAGAAAUGUCAGAUGCUAUUAAGGACAUGUAUGCCGAACACUCUCAAAGCCAUACACAAUCUCGCCCAAGUUUGGGUCAGUUGAUCAACUCGUUAUCUGCAGAGAUCGGGAUGUUCGAGAAAACCUUCAUCAUCGUCGACGGUCUCGAUGAAGUACCAAACGACAAGCACAAGACUGAACUUCUUCAGACAAUAGAAUCUCUGAACCCGCUCCCACAGCUGAUGGUGACGUCUCGUCCAGUGUCGUCUAUCUCCACUUGGUUCAAAGAGCGUUCUAGUAAAAAUAAAUAUAGAAUUUUUGAAGAGCCGCAUGAGGAUGACCAGUCGAGGUAUCACUGCGCUAACUGCGAUGGGUCUACGGAGACAGAGACUUUGGGUUCCUCUACCGAGAAGGAGAGCAGCGUGGCUAAAGUUAACAAGGGCACGCCACCAAUUCAAGAUGACCAAAGCUGGAGGACACAAGCGGCGUAUCGAUGCGAAAAAUGCGAUCGUUAUGUGUGUGUCAAUUGUUACGAGAAAUUCGACAUCUGCUUCGGUUGCUCCAACAAGAAAGCAUGCUUCAAAUGGACUUGGCCCGGAUCUGUUACAAUUUCCGCACAUCCGAGAGAUAUCGAUACUUUUAUAACCUGGAGAAUUCAGAACAGCCAGAUACUAACAACACUGAUUGAGAACACACAGGGAAAGGUGAACGACCUACCAGCCACCAUCGCGGCUCGCGUACGAGAAGAGGCCCAUGGAAUAUUUCUGCUCGCAAAGUUUCAUAUGAAUGCAUUGGAGGAACAGACAACUGCUAGAGAAAUCAUCGACACCCUUGAGAGGCUACCUUCCAACAUCAAGGAGAUAUACGACAACGUAUUCAGACGCAUUGGAAAUCUCCGAUGGGCCAAGAAGCUAAAGAAGCUCAUCACGAUAGUUGCUACAGCCAGGAAAUUAUUGUCGACGGAAGCCCUCGCACAUGCCAUUGUCGUAAAUCCCGGAGAUGAUGAUAUAGAUCCUUACGAUUUAUCUAACAUUCAACAUUUAUCUUCGAUGUGUGCAGGGCUGAUCGAUAUUGAUCACUCAGGUUUCGUCAGACUUGCACACGAGACUGUAGGAUUCUAUAUCGCGCAAAACGGUCUGGAGACAUGGAGCGACGGUCAUGGAAUGAUGGCUGAUAUUUGUCUGGUAUAUCUCCAAUUUAAGACAUUCUCAUCCGGCGCCUGUAUGGGGUCUGAUCAUAAAGAUCUAAUCGACGAGCGUCGGCAUGAAUACCCCUUUCUGACUUAUGCCGCAACCAACUGGGGCCAUCAUGCGCGCGAAACAACAAAUCCUCAAACGGCACAAUUGACUAAUGAUUUCCUGGGCAAGCAAGCUCAUAUAGCAGCAGCAGCACAGAUAAUGUGGAUAGACGAUAUGGAAACGUCGUCUGGGUGGGACGCCGAGGAUGGUGUUCAUGGUCUACAUGUUGCCUCAUAUUUCGGCCUUUCAGACGCCGUAUCGGUUCUCCUAUCUUCCGGCAUAGAUGCUGAUGUAGAGGACUGUCUACAAACUACUCCGCUUAUGUAUGCGGCACAGGAGGGUCAUACCGAUAUAGUGCGUACACUACUACGAGCGGGCGCAAAUCCCGGACGCAUCUGUGGGAGAAAUCGCACCGUACUUCACAGGUUUCAUCCACCAAAGAUAUAUCUAUCAACGCAUUUGAUGUGAACUAUGGGGGCGGGACGGCCUUGAUGCACGCAGUGUUUACUGAAUGCGAAGAGUCCGUGAAGCUUUUGCUCACACGC